AUGUAUACUGAGGUGGUACUUAUUAGCCCGACUCAGGCUUUCCCACAGACAAAUAUUAAAAUCAGUCAAGCUAUGCCAGAGCCAAUUCAGUCCUACUCCUGCCCACUGUUUUGGACAGAAUAUGAAGGGUACUGUUACAGAUACUUUCCCAUCAAUAAAACAUGGGCUGAAGCCGAUCUCUAUUGUGCGGAAUUUUCCAUUGGCAUAAAAUCUGCCAAAUUAGCGUCGAUUCACAGCUGGGAAGAGAAUGUCUUUGUAUAUGACCUGGUAAACAGCCGAGUGCCUGGAAUACCCACCGAUAUCUGGAUGGGACUUCAUGACCUAAGAGAGGAAGGCCACUUUGAAUGGACAGAUGGUUCUUCCUAUGACUAUAACUACUGGGAUGGCAACCAGCCAGAUGAUGGGAUCCACUCUAUUCCAGAGGAGGAGGACUGUGUACAGAUCUGGUACAGAUAUAACAGUGCUUUACGCUCAUGGAAUGACAACAGCUGCAACAGAGAAUUCCCAUUUGUCUGCAAGAUUCCAUCCCUGGCAAUUGAUUAG